UGCAUACCUGUCACUUAUCUACACGUAGCUAAUGCAUGGGUAAUAUUAAUUAACUUACCAUCUACUCUUAGCUGCAGUCUUGUCCUGUUCGGAGGGAUUUUGCAGGCAAUUUCACCAUGGACAGCCAGGGUAGGAAGGUGGUGGUCUGUGACAAUGGAACUGGGUUUGUCAAGUGUGGUUUUGCUGGCUCCAACUUCCCUGAUCACAUAUUUCCUGCAAUGAUCGGUCGGCCCAUAAUUCGAUCAAGUAUUAAAGUGGGCAACUAUGAAAUCAAGGACCUGAUGGUUGGAGAUGAGGCGAGUGAGUGUCGUUCGAUGCUGGAGGUUUCUUAUCCAAUGGAGAAUGGGAUGGUGCGCUGCUGGGACGACAUGCUGCACCUUUGGGACCACACAUUUGGACCGGAGAGACUAAAUAUCAACCCAAAAGACUGCAAGAUCCUGCUGACAGAGCCACCGAUGAACCCGAUUAAGAACAGAGAGAAGAUCACAGAAAUUAUGUUUGAAAAGUACCAGUUUCAUGGGAUUUAUGUGGCUAUCCAGGCUGUGCUCACCCUCUAUGCACAAGGUUUGCUGACUGGUGUGGUGGUGGAUUCUGGAGACGGAGUGACCCACAUUUGUCCAGUUUAUGAGGGGUUCUCUUUGCCUCAUCUUACUCGCAGGCUCGAUAUUGCAGGGCGGGAUAUCACACGGUACCUCAUCAAGCUCCUGCUGCUUCGAGGUUAUGCCUUCAACCACACAGCAGACUUUGAGACAGUGAGAAUGCUAAAGGAGAAACUGUGUUACGUGGGAUACAACAUCGAACAGGAGCAGAGACUGGCCAAUGAAACCACUUAUCUGGUUGAAUCCUAUGAGCUUCCUGAUGGACGACAGGUGCGCGUUGGGGGUGAGCGCUUUGGGGCUCCUGAAGCUCUGUUUCAGCCUCAUCUCAUCAACAUCGAGGGGGCUGGAGUGGCCGAACUACUGUUUAACACCAUCCAGGCUGCAGAUAUUGAUUUAAGGCCAGACUUCUAUAAGCACAUCGUCUUGUCUGGGGGGACCACCAUGUACCCAGGACUUCCCUCUCGACUGGAGCGAGAGAUCAAGCAGCUUUACCUGGAGAGAGUCCUGAAUGGAGACACCGAAAAACUAUCUAAAUUUAAGAUCCGCAUUGAAGAUCCCCCGAGGAGAAAGCACAUGGUUUUUCUGGGAGGAGCAGUUCUGGCCAACAUCAUGAAGGACAAAGACUCCUUUUGGCUGACCAGAGAAGAAUACCAGGAGAAAGGCCUGGGAGUGCUGCAGAAACUUGGAAGUAGCAUUAGAUAAUUACACAGCAUGCAAAUACCAUUUUAAGCAUUAUGUGAGAAAAAUCUUUGGUACUUCAAAUUUCAACUUCAAAUUUGGGACUAUACUGCAACUAAACCCAGAACUAAACCUGAACCCUAAAGACCAUGACUAAACUAGGACUGGAACAGGACAAGUGUGUAUGCAGCCUAGGUUUUAAUUGUUUGUAACAUAUAUUUUGGAGGAAGGUUUUGAUACAUAAUUUUUGUCAAAAAAUAAUCACACUAUUAUUAUAUUUUAAGGUUACAAGAUAGGGUUACAACUGUCAAUGUCUUAAUUAUAUGCAUGCUCCUUUAUUCGUGUAAGGCUGCCCACAGGGACAAUUCAGUGCAAUUAAUUCAAUAGCAAUACUUUAGUGACCCAUAAGGUACAAAGUAAAUGUACUGAAUUUGAUUCAGUUUACAUUAUAGCAUUGCACAGUGACUUUUAAUUUAGCCUGUAUGUGUGUGUGAAUGUUUCAAAGUUGCUAAAUUGUCAUUGCAAUAAAUAAAAUAUCAACUUC